UGCACUUCAGUCUGGUUGGUGGUGUUGGUGUUUGUUCGAAAUGGUCGUGGUUCCAUGCGAUUAGCAGAAUUUUGUAAUUAUUUGAUAGUAAAUAGAUACAAAUACAAUGACUACGGUCAUGCAAGAGAACAACGAAUUAAAGAGGUUACUCGGUAAUCCAGCAAAAAAUGCUGGCGAGGAAGGCUCGAUGGCACCACCACAAACGACGAAUGUUCCGCGGCCGAGCACGUCCCAAAAUAUGAAUCCUCAGACAAUGAUUAGUCCGAUGAUACCAGCUAAUAGUACAAAAGAAGUUAUAGAACCUUGUUUGCAGAAUGUAGUCUCCACUGUAAAUUUAGGUAUGGAAUUAUCACUCAUGUACAUUAAUACAAGAACAAGAAACUCUGAAUACAAUCCAGCAAGAUUUACGGGCUUGAUCAUGAGAAUUCGUAAUCCUAGGGCAACAGCAUUAAUUUUUAAUUCUGGGAAAUUAGUGUGCACUGGAGCAAGAUGUGAAGAAGAUUCCUAUUUAGCAACAAGAAAAUUUGCUCGAAUAAUUCAGAAACUAGGAUUUGCAGUAAAAUUUUAUAAUUUUAAAAUACAAAAUAUAGUUGCCACUUGUGAUCUGAAAUUUCCAAUUAAACUAGAAAACUUAAAUCAUAUACAUGGUCAGUUUUCUAGCUAUGAACCUGAACUUUAUCCUGGUCUUAUAUACAGAAUGGUAUCACCAAGAGUAGUGUUACUUAUAUUCGUAAAUGGGAAAAUUGUAUUGACAGGAGCAAAGAAUCGAGGUGAACUACAAGAUGCAUUGAAUAAUAUAUAUCCAAUACUAAAAAGUUUUAGGAAACAGUAA